CGCGGCAGGCAGCAGCAGGUGUGGACGCUCGUUAGUGAGAUUUCUUUAUUUUGCUGUGAUUGGUUGUACUCAUAGGUCCAUGUCAAUUUGUGGGGUGAAGGAGAAGCGGGUUGCAGUCCAGGUGUGAAGCCAGUGUGUGUGGCUCCCUGUCGAGAUGUCGUCGGCCGAGCAGGACGGGAGUCAGUUCAAUAAGUUUGAGAAACUGUCUUGGAGGCCCUCCAUCCGCGACUCAGGCUCCAAGAAGCGAGCGCGGUGGCUUCAGGCUCGGCGCAUCUUCUCCCCCUCCUGCCCCAACCUGCGGAUCCCCAACAGGUUUCUGAGAGAAGGACAUUGUGUACCUCCAGCCCGCAGCGGACACCGCUGUGUUGCAGACAGCACCAACCUGUAUGUGUUCGGAGGAUACAACCCUGACUUUGAAGAGGCAGGGGGGUCCGAGAAUGAGGACUACCCUCUCUUCAGGGAGCUUUGGAAGUUUCAUUUUGCUACGGCCACCUGGCAGCAGAUCCGCACAGAGGGUUACAUGCCCACUGAGCUGGCGUCUAUGUCAGCUGUUUUACACGGCAACAACCUGCUUGUGUUUGGCGGCACUGGGAUUCCAUUUGGUGAAAACAACGGCAACGAGGUCCAUGUUUGCAAUGUUCAGUACAAACGGUGGAACCUCCUCAACUGCAAAGGGAAGAAACCCAACAAGAUCUACGGACAGGCGAUGGUCAUCAUAAAUGGCUACCUCUAUGUGUUUGGCGGGACAACAGGCUACCUUUACAGCACUGACCUGCACCGGCUGGACCUGACCACCAGAGAGUGGACCCACCUCAAACCCAAUAACACCCCCUCAGAUCUUCCUGAGGAGAGGUACAGACAUGAACUAGCUCAUGAUGGACACAGAAUAUACAUUUUAGGAGGUGGGACUUCCUGGACGUCAUAUCCCAUGGACAAGAUUCACGCAUAUAACUUGGAGACAAAUUACUGGGAGGAAAUUGUCACUAAACCCCAUGAAAAAUUAGGAUAUCCUGCUGCCCGUCGUUGUCACAGCUGUGUGCAGGUCAAAGAUGAGGUGUUUAUAUGCGGGGGUUAUAAUGGAGAGCUGAUCCUUUCUGACCUGUGGAAGAUCAACCUGCAGACAUUUCAGUGGACCAAGCUGCCGGCCACAAUGCCAGAACCAGCCUACUUUCACUGCGCUGCCGUCACUCCGGCUGGCUGCAUGUAUGUCCACGGUGGCGUUGUCAACAUGUUUGGGAACCGAAGGUCCGGCUCUUUGUACAAAGUGUGGUUGGUGGUGCCCAGCCUGCUGGAACUGACCUGGGAGAAACUGCUGAAAACGUUCCCUCACUUGGCCCAGCUGUCGAGCCUUCAGCUCCUCAGCAUGGGACUGACGCACUCACUCAUUCAACGUCUCAAAUAGAAGGAGCACAGAGACUGAAGGGAGCGGUAUGUGAUGGAGCAGCACUGACUCAUAAAAACACUGAUAGCAAAACAAUUUUUUUAAAGGACCAAGAGACACUGAUGACUGUGGAAAAUAUUUGAAUGCCUUUUUUAAACUUGAGUUUUUUGUAAAUAUAUCUGCAUGUAUCCAUCAAAUACCAGGGAUUAGCUCAGUCACCAGAAUCACUCCUCCUUUUGCUUUGCUCUUGUCAGUUUGGACACACUAUAUAGUGCAUUCCCCAUUUUUUAAAAUUGUGUUUUUACCACAUCACUGUUAUACGAACUUGUGGAGCAAGAGCAGGAAAAUGUAAAUGUUCCAAAGACCUUCUUAAAAGGCUAAAUGAAUUUGCCUCCGCUGAUGUCAUUUUAGGUGACUGAUCAGCUUGUGUCACUGUUGCCGAAGUGAUAAUGUAUCGCACAAUGUGCCAUCUUUUACACAUGAUCAGUCAGCUGGUGCGACCCACUGUCACACGAGUAAGAUCAAAAACGACUGUCAAACAAUGCUGAUAUUAAAUUAGUUAGUUAUAAGUCAGAUUCUCUUAAAAGAGAGGACACUUUAUGACUGGUAUACUUGAAAGUCAAAUUAGGUCAAUUAUUAAAGGCAUUAUGUUUUAUCCUCGAGGGCCUUCCAAUUGCAUGCUGACAUUUAGCUGUGACCAUAACUGUACAGAACCGAUUUUAAAAUGUUCCCAAAUGUCACAUUAGGCCUUAGGAUCAGAUAACUCGAAAGCCUUUUUAAAUCAUAAUGGCAUCACUGUGAAUCGUAUAGUGCCUCUUCAAUAAUUCUUCCUCUUAAAGGGAAAAAUAAAGCUUAUUUAAUAAGUUUGGAAUUCAUUUAAACACCUGUAGAUCCGCAGUGAUUCUGCCUUGUUACAGUUUGUACACUUGUAAAUCUUACAUAAGAUUGUCUGUAGUAAGAUUUGGAUUUGUUCUGAACUGCACACAAAGCCGUCUUUCCCAUGUGAUCUACCUGGUGUUCUCCAAAUGAGCCUUUUGUUGCUGAAUCUUUCUGCUCCUGAUUAAUCAGGACAUGUGACUAGCAAUUUUUUUUUUUCAACCUAUUUAUUUGAACUGCUGUUUUGUCUUAUAACCCUUUGAAUUGUAGCAGAACAUGUAGCUACAUUUGUUUUUUAAUUCAUUUUCGUUUCCCUUGAUGCCUAAACUCUUUUUAAACCCUUUUAUACUUAUACAUAGGCUGCAUUACAAUUUUUCCAGAGAACGUGCUGUGGUACGUUUUCUAAAAAAAUUAAUUAGGGUUGGGACUUGUACUAAGGUAGAGUGAGAGGCGUACUCAGGAUGUGGCAUGCUUUUAUCAAAAGGUCAACAGAAGCUAAUCUCAUCUAUAACUAUCAUGACAAUUUUCAUUUCAAUUAUACACCUUAGUUUGGUUAUUGACAUGUUACGGCCUUAUUUAUAUCUCUUUCUGAAGCAACAACUUCACUACAUGCUCCAACUUGUAAAAUGGACUGCCUUGCAUAAGAUUGACAUGUUUAUAUUGGCAUCAUUUUUGAUGUCCAAAGUAAGUCAAAUAUCUCCUUUGCAUGUCGGUAUGGUGUGCAUGUCACUUUACAUAAACUCUUGGGAGAAAAGGUGAAUGUCUCCUCAAUAGCAACUAUGGCUGUAAUGACAUCAUGUUUUUCAGUUCCUGUCUGUAAAAACAAUAAAAACACAGGCAGCCAGUUUUUCAAAAUGUUGUAUUGACAGAGUUAUUAUUCUAGCUCAGCACAGCCAGCCAUUCCACUCUUUCCAAAAUAUAGGGUACCAGUGUUUUAUCUAAAAUAAUGUCACUUAUUCACAUUAUGGAGGUAAAAAGUCUACAAAAUAUAUUAUACCAACAAAAAGUUUUAGUGCAGAUACUUUAUAUCCUAUUCAUUUGUAAAAAAAAAAAAAAAAAAACCAUUUUUUUUUCCUUCAUUUUUCAAAGACCGUAAGAGCGAGGAGUCAAAGGAGACAUUGUUAAUUGUUAUCUUACAAACGCUGCACUUACAGUAGUAUAGAUAUGCAACUUACCUGACAUUAAAAGGCCAUUCAUUUGUAUGCUUUAUGACAUUUAAAUAAAUACAUAAUAAAAAGCCCA